AUGGUGCCAUCACCGCUCUCGAACGGUUACCAAAAGGUGCCAUUGCACGAGGAGUAUUUUGUGCCAAGUGACGAGGCCACACCGCCUUGCAAGACAAAGAGAGAUACCAGCUUGGCUCAUGGCAUCAGCGAGGAACUGUUGCGCAUUGACAGCCCCGAUGAAGUUGAAGUCAUGUCGCCGUCUGAUAGAGAGUCAAUUUUCUGUUUUGUGGAGUCCUGGUGGUUCCAUCUGCUCGCGGCUUCGGUCAUAUGUUGCAAUACGGUGAGCAUUGUCCUGGAAGCAGACUCGGAGGACUUGGUCAAGAAGCUGUACUGGCUAGACCAGGCAACUCUGCUCUUCUACGUCUUGGAGCUUCUCUGCCGAGUAGGCUUGUGGAAAUGCCGGCUUCUUUGUGGUCCCCGGCACCUGCUGCUGUGGAGCCUCCUAGAUCUCAUCGUGGUUGGAGCCGGUGUUCUGGACCAGUGGCUGGCACCCAUUCUGCCAGUUGACACGGCCUCAUGGUCCAAUCUCCUCGGCGUCAUCCGACUGCUGCGACUAACUCGCGUAUUUAAGGUGGUUGGGUUUGUGCUGGAGUGGGAUCUGUCCUGGACCGAACAACCCACCUUCCAGUCCUUCAUUGGCGGUGUGAUAGCAUUCAAUGCUCUGCUGAUGGGCUUCGAGACUGACUACGAGUGGGGCGGUUGGGCGGUCAUUGAGAACUUUCUCCUUUGUAUUUACGUCUUUGAGCUGGUUGUGCGAAUGAAGCGGCUGGGUUGUGAUUUCUUUUCCUGCGAGAGCCCAGAUCUUAUGUGGAAUUUGCUGGACUUGGCGAUCGUAGUCAGUUCAGCAGGCGAUUCGUGGCUUGUGCCACUGGUCAAUGUCGCAAGGAAAUCGUUCCAAGGAGAUCAAAGCGAACGGCAGAGCAGCAAACGUGCACACGGCGUCAACGUCGGCCAGCUGAUGAUGCUGAUGCGGCUGCUGCGUUUGCUUCGAAUUUUGCGAUUGGCAAAGUUAGUGAAAUCUGUGCGGCCGCUGUACAUUUUGGUGGUCAGUGUCACAGCGGCAGUGCAAGGGGUCGUGUGGGUGCUGGUCCUCACGGUGGUAACACUGUAUGCCAUGGGUAUACUGACGACGAGACUCAUCGGUCACAAGAUGAUCUUUCCUGCAGACGACGCUGAUGCAGAGUCAUUGAAAGAGUUGACGACGCCCUUCCGUACUGUCCCAGACAGCAUGUUCACCCUAUUUCGAGUGAUGAGUGGGGCACAAUCUGAUUCGGAGUCUGCUGCCCUGGACCACAUCAUGGAAAGCAUUCCGACCUUCAAGUUUGCCUUUGUCUUCUUCAUGGUGACCAGCUCAUGGACACUGCUCUCCAUAUUGACCGCAGUUGUCAGCGAGAACAUGAUCUCCACGACCUCCAGUCAAGAGAAGGAGAUCCAGCUCAUGUCAGAAGAAGAAGACCGGAAGCGCCACAUUCAGGACUUGAAGGAGCUCUUCAAGGAAAUUAACACCAGAGGAGAUGGAAUUGUCCGCGAGAAGGACUUGAUGCACUUCCUGUCCAUCCCUGACAAUGCUUACGAGACAGCCAAAAUGUGUCGUGUUCCAGUUCGGCAUGUGCAGGAGGUCAUGAAGACGCUUUCAAUCAAUCAGGAAGUUAUUCACAUGGAGGAAUUUGUUGAGUGUUUGCUCGACGUUGGAAAUCCCGUAACAGAAAAGUCAACCAUGAGGUUGGAAGCGCUUCACCUCGAAACCAGAACUCAAAGCCAGAGGCAAUGGCAAUCAAUAGAAGAGGUGUUCCAGUCGCUGGUGAACAACAAGGAUCGCCACAAUGACAGUGGCGGAGAUCAGAUCAGCAAGCUGAUGCAGAGUUCCGUGCAUCAUGGCGAAGCUAUCGCACGCCUCCAGCAUUCAGUGGAGGACCUGCACAGAAAAAUGGAUAACUUCACCGAUCUGAUCGGAAAAUCCGCUGGCAGGGAUUUAGGCUUGAGCCAAACUCGGACGUGCUGGUUCGACUGCUUGUACCAAACGGGCCAAGCACACGGCGGUAAAAUCAAGCUACAGCAGCAAGAAGAAGAAAUUCCGAAGUUUGCAUUUCGCAAGGGCUUGCGGAUAGCAAAGAAUGUUCUGUUCCACUUGCGACUCAGCGCCCUGCGGCCAUCAGCCAUGCUGGGAGCUUCAAUAGCUGUCUUGGCUGUUCUGCUUCAGCCUUCCCAGACCUUACCACCACCACUGGCUGCCAAAAGCCACUUCCUUCGAGGGCAGCAUUUGGAAAAGAGCGGUGACUUGCAAGGUGCCUCCGACAGCUUUCAGAAAGCCAUUGCCGCGCAUCCGGACUAUGCUGAUGCCUUCCGUGCCCGUGGGAAGGUGCUGGAGAAGCUGUCAGACCUGGAGGGUGCGCGGCACCACUACCUGGAAGCAACCAGGUUGGCCCCGGAGACUGCGGCCAAUCACUUCAGCCUGGGCUUGGCAUGCGAGCAGCUGGAAGACCUUGGCCAGGCAGUCAGCAGCUACCGCCGCGCGAUCCAACUGGAUCCAAAGAUGUCGGCAGCUCAUUACAGCCUGGGUAUCGUCCUAGAACGUGCAGGGGAACUGGAAUCUGCGAUUCCAAGCUAUCGAGAAGCUGUUCGUCUGAACCCCAGCCACCUCGCUUCAACGCUGAACCUCGGCGAGGCCUUACAGCGAAAAGGCGAGAGCGCUCAGGACCCGAAGAGCUUCCAGGAGGCCGAGGAGGUCUUUCGAGCAGCGUUGUCCUUGGAUGCUGCGAAGCCGCACCUUCGCUUGGCCAACUUGUUGCAACAACGGCAGCGUUUCGAGGAAGCCGCCGACCAUUUCCGAAGCGGACUUGCGAUCACACCCAACAAUGCUCCUGCGCAGUUCAGUCUGGGUUUGGUGGAGGAGGCACGUGGCAACUGGUCCGGUGCAAAAGCGGAAUACUUGAAAGCUGUUCGCUUGGCUCCAGGACACCUUCCAGUUCGACGAUACUUUGCCAAGUUUCUACGCAAGCAUGCAGACUUCACUGAAGCUGCGGAAGGUCUGCAGAGUCUGCUUGAAAUGGACCCUACGGACAAAGUCCUCCACAUGGAGCUGGCUGAGAUGAUGGCACAAGAUGGCAAGCUGUUGCAAGCAGAGAUCGGCUACCGGAAGGCUUUGGCGCUGGAUCCGGUCUUGGAAUCUGCGCACACGAAGCUCGGAAUCGUGCAGCGACAGCUUGGAAAGCUUGCCGAUGCUAGGGGAUCGCUGGAGACUGCAUUGGCCUUGAACCCAGCAGAUGCGGGUAUAUGCACUCAGCUGGGAGUUGUUCACAAGCUGAGUGGCGACCUCACAAGUGCUGCUGCAAGCUACCAACAAGCUAUAGACUUGAACCCAGAACAUGCUGCAGCUUACGGAAAUCUGGGCAUAGUUCAAAUGCUGCAGCAAAGCUGGGAAGAGGCAGAGAGCAGCUUCUGGGCAGCUCUGAAAUUGGAUCCAGACUAUGACGGAGCCUACUACAGCCUUAGCGGCGUCCUCAGUCUGAGAGGCAAAGUUGAAGAAGCAAAAGCCUUGGCGGCCCGUCGAGUUGAACUGGCUACGGCGAAGGGAAUUUGGCCCUUCCGGCUGUCUAUGACACAGCUGGACAGCAACAGACUCCUGCAGAGCAGGCUGCGGCAAGAAGAGGAAUUUGCCUCAAGGUAUGUUGCUGCAGCUCUGGACUUAAACCGCGAAGCAGAUGAGAGCGUCAUCAGAAGGCUGGCAAGUGCCGUGACGGAGAACCCACCAGAUGGCUUGCACCAAUUAAUUCCCGUCCUUCGAGGAGUGCGGAAUUUGGAGAAUUCGACAGAGUGGGCCUUGCGACGCUGGAAUGAAUGCCUUGAGCUUGGGUCCGGAAGUGUGGCCUGUGCUUAUGGCACAACGUGGUUUGAGACUUGGCUGUCAAUCAUGGCUGACAGCACGUUGAGCCGUGCCAUACCAGGCUACAUAGCUUCCGGCCUACAAUACACGGUGGGAGGAAGCGCAAUUGGUUACCAAUGCCUCUUUGCAGCUACAGCUUUGGGCUUCAACUGUACCGGAUAUGAGUUGUUGCAGUGUUUGGUAGCUGAUUCGAAGAGCCUGGCGGGAGACCUUUCAAGAGCUGUGGAGUCCGUGGACGUCGGCUUCGUGUGCGGAGAUGCUACGAAAGCAGACUUAUCGACCACGGGAGUGCUCUGGCUAAAUGAUGCGCUGUGGCCACCAGAGGUGCGCGUGAACAUGCUUCUCAGGGCGGUUUCAUCAAUGCCUCCAGGAUCGACCGUCAUUAGCUAUCAGGCCAAGCCAGACGACCGACAGCAGCUUUCUAAGCUGCAAAACGAAAGAGUCAUGACGGCCGCCGUGUUGGAGUCUGAGAUCGAAAACGGCGAUGACUCCAGGGCCCCUGGCACAGUGCCCAUGGAGUGCCGGCCCGGCCCGCCGGUCGGUCCUGCCUCGAAAACUUGGCCCACGGAUCUUAGAGCAACGCAGGAUGCAUUCGGCCAGCUGGAGCCAUGCGUGGGAACUGCGACCAGUGGUGAGGCUGGUGACGAUGAGGAUGCACAAAUAGCUGCAGUUGUUGCGAAGCUAGCUGAAGACAGCUUCCAGCUGGAGGCUGUGCACAAAAACCUUCGGGACAAGCAGCUGGACUCCAAGACUCUAUGUGCUGCGGGGCUGGUUGCCCACAUUGAGGCAGAGAAAAAGGAAGACUCUCACGAGCUCCAGAAAGCAGGUUAUCCAUCCGAGCAGCCUGUUGUUCGGAGAGGGCCGGGUCAGGAGACCGGCGGCAAAAUCAAAAGUGCGAGGCCUGCACCCCUCCAACUGAUUCCAGAAGCGGCAGUUUUUCAAGGCUGCCGAGUCGGACAAACCCAUGACGUGAAGAUCGAGAUUCGCAACGUGUCGGGCAAGGCGUUGUGCCCACGAGUGAUGCCCUGCACCAACCGGGCAUUCUCGAGCGACCCGAUCCGAUUUGAUGCAGCUACUAGGCGACUGCCUGGAACAGCAUCUGGAAACAUCCCACCAGGUUUGUCUGCUUAUCUGGUCGUGCACUUCGCAGCGAAGUCUUUGGAUGAUCAAGUCGAUCAGCUUGUGCUCAGCACUGAAGCGGGGAAUCUUUCUCUUCCCGUACAAGCGGUGGGAGUGCUGCCACCGUCGUUGAAGUAG